AACAGAAGUUUUCUUUGGACAAGAUAUGAACAAGUUUGCAAUAUUAUCAGUUCACCUUGAAAUAAUUUUGUCUUUGUUUAGUACAUCUAGGUUUAAUUUGCAGGUUGUAGGUCUGUGAAUAUUGUGAAUCCUCUUCAGAUAGGUUUUAAUUUAAUUGGUCUGAAUUUAUUUGAUGAGAAGCACUGAUAUCUAUAUCACUUAACAUCGUUAAUCUUGUCUUGAAUAUUUGAGGUUAAAACCUGGCCAAUCAACCAAUCAAUUUUCUUUCUUGUCUGUUAACAUGAAGCCAAACAUGUUGAGUUAUAGUAAACAAGUUGGAUGUUCUAUCCAAAACAAUACUUGCAUUAUGUUAGAAACAGGCUAACUUUAAUAGUGUGCUGGUAAUCAAGCAUGUCUUUCUGAUUAUUGAAAAUCAUUCCAGAUGCCUAUCUGUUCUGGUGUAGCCUCCAUGUCUGACAAGAACAAUGAUUUAAAUAUAAAAUAUGAAUCAGUGCUGGUAAUUUGAAGUGUGUUGUUUUGACUAAAUUAGUCUCAAGUGGCAUCUCAGUCAGUCUGUAUAGCUGUAUAUGUGUGUAUAUCUGGCUGCAAAUUUUUAAAAUGGAAGAGUGUUACAGAUGUUCUUGGAAAAAGCAGAUGAGUCCUGCAAUACUUUCAGUGCUUGUUCUACUCAGUGUGUUCCUCUCUGUUGUGGAUGGGAUUAAUGACACAGUGAGCCCUGGUGUUGGCAAUAGUAGUUCUGUUGUCAACAUGAGCACUACAGUAAUGCCAACCACCCAGAUAACCACAGAUUUACCAACUAAUGCUACUCCACAGAAUGCUACUCCAGGAAUAAAGAUUGGUGAAUGUCACGGCUUCGAAGUGUUUGUUCUAAACAACCAGCUCAAUAUACCGUACACUGUCACAUGCUGUAUUGCUGUCCUCUGUGGAUUUUAUCUGAUUUUAUUUGGCUACAGAUUUUUUAAGAGCAGCCUUUUUCUGUUGGGGUUCCUGUUUGCCACCUUUGUCACCUACAUUAUUGGCAGUAACCAUGCUGACCUGCCAUCCUGGGGUCUUGUUGCAGUGGCUGUCGCUGUUGGAAUAUUCUGUGGGCUUUUGACGAUGUUUGUCACUUACUGUGGCCUAUUCCUUGGUGGAUUUGGCCUUGGAUUCUUCAUUGGCAUUGCUAUAUUCUUUAUUGUCGAGACAUUCUACCAUGUUUCCAUCAAGUGGAUACCAUUUGGAGUCCUCCUAGGUUUGAGUUUGAUCUUCAGCUUGCUGACGCUAAGGUGGCAGAAGGGAUUCUUCAUUGUGGCAACCUCAAUUAUUGGGGCAGCACUGAUAACGGGUGGUGUCGACUACUUCAUCGAAGAGUUUGUGUUGAUCAACUAUGCUUGGCAAAGGAUCAUGGCAGCUGAUGAAAAGGUAGACUGCUGGGUGAGUUGGGUCAUUCUAGCGAUAUGGCCUGUCAUGUUUAUCCUGGGAAAUGUGGUGCAAUUCUGCAAAACAGGAAGAAGUUACACUCACAAAAAAAGAUCAGACUCUGUGUCACUCCAAGGUGAAGAUAAAGCAAUGAAGAGAUAUCGCAGCCUAAACAUGAAUGGAGAUGUGGUGGCAAAGAUGCCUAUCUGUUCUGGUGUAGCCUCCAUGUCUGACAAGAACAAUGAUUUAAAUAUAAAAUAUGAAUCAGUGCUGGUAAUUUGA